AUGGAUACCAACAUUCAACGCGCCCUGAACGACAAACUAUACGACAAGCGCAAGGUCGGAGCACUUGAGUUAGAGAAAGUCAUACGAGACCUUGUCGCGUCUAAGGACUAUCAACGAGUACACGAUAUUCUCGAGCAACUGUGCAAUGACUAUGCUUAUGCAGUCCACCAGCCUCAUGCUCGAAAUGGGGGACUUAUUGGCCUCGCUGCGGCGGCAAUUGCUCUUGGCCCUCUUGGGGCGGACUCCGAACUAUCGGUAAAGAAUGGCGCUGAAUUGCUGGACCGGCUUGUUAAAGAUAUUGUUUCCGAAUCGGCUGCUUCAUAUGUAUCGGUACUUGAGGCACCGCCAAGGUUCGACGGCGAUGACAAGGCCACGGUAGAAGACCAGCAAGUAACUCUACCCACUGCAUUCUCGCUGUCAAGGUUUAUCCCUUUGCUGAAGGAGAGAAUAUGGGUCAUAAACCCCUUCACUCGGCAAUUUCUCGUCGGCUGGAUAACCCUGUUGGAUUCUAUUCCUGACCUUGAACUCGUCACGUAUCUUCCUGACUUUCUUGGGGGUCUUCUCAAAUUUCUUGGAGAUCAGAAUGCAGAUGUGCAAACUGCAACGCAGUCUUGUCUUGACAAAUUUAUUAACGAGAUCAAACGGAUCUCGCGGGUGAAGAAAGGAAUUGUUGAGAGCAAAAAGUCGAGAGAGGGGGGCAAGCGAAAACGUCAAGAGUCCAUGGAUACAGAAAGUCUUCGACCAGACCUCGAAGAAGGGGACGAGAUCGAUUCCGAUGCCUUCGAUGACGAUGAGGAAGAUAGCGCCGAGGAAGACUGGAUUCCAGGGCAAGAUGUUGAAAUCAACUACAAAAACAUAUUAGAGAUCCUUACGGCUACUCUGGACUCUCCACUAGGUUUGCGAUAUUUCCGUCUUCAAGUGCUGGUUGACAGUGUUCAGUUCUAA